AUGGAUUGUCAAACUCAACUCCGUCUCUGCCAAUUUCAGACGCGACCAACACGAGCAAGAGCCAACCUUCGUCUUCCGAUCAUCGAUCUUUCAACCCGAGGAACAAGUGAUCAACAAGUCUGUUUGCAUCGAUCAUCUAUCUCUCUCACUGUAUUCCCAGUCCUCUGCUUGAAAUUUAAGCUUGUUGAUUUGCAAUCGCCUGACUGUGAUCUGCGAAUCUCCGAUGCGUUUCCGACGAUCGCUUAUACCCUGAAUAAUGAGAUUCUGCUGCGGAGGUUCAAACCCGAAAUCGAACCUGGACUUCCACUGGAUUAG